CUCCUGUCAUUUAAAGUUUUGAUAUAUUAGCACCAGGUUCUUUGUGAUAAACCACACGACGUUAACUGAUUCCGGUACAUAAAGUUAGCACGGGGUUACGUUAGUGUAAGGAACGUCAGCUGCACCGAGAGCAGCCGGGCUGACUGACGGCGGCUGCAGCCGGGUCAAACAAGCUUUCAGGGGAAACAUGGCGACCCGAGUCCUUCAAAGAGCCGGCAGAGGCCUUCAACACACGACGAGAGGGCUUCAGACGAGCGGACAGGUCCCGGCCGUCGCCAGGAGCCUCUCCGGUUUCCGUGAAGACAGCUGGUUCAAGUCUCUGUUUGUUAGAAAGGUCGACCCCAGAAAGGACGCUCACUCUCAUCUGCUUGCCAAGAAGGAGGACAACAAUCUGUACAAAAUACAGUUUCACAAUGUGAAGCCUGAGUGCCUCGAUGCUUACAAUGAACUUUGUGAGGACGUCUUGCCUUCCAUUCACGGUGACCCUGAAUACCCUUGUGAGCUUGUGGGCACCUGGAACACAUGGUACGGAGAGCAGGAUCAAGCAGUUCACCUGUGGAGAUAUCGGGGAGGAUACCCGGCUCUCACCGAAGUCAUGAACAAACUCAGGCAGAAUAAGAAGUUUAUGGACUACAGGAAUGAGAGGGGGAAGAUGCUGCUGUCUCGUAGGAACCAGCUGCUGCUGGAGUUCAGUUUCUGGAAUGAACCUGUCCCCCGUCCAGGACCCAACAUCUAUGAGCUCCGAUCAUACCAACUCAGGCCAGGGACGAUGAUCGAGUGGGGGAAUUACUGGGCACGUGCUAUUGAGAUUCGCCAGCAGAACCAGGAGGCUGUGGGAGGCUUUUUCUCACAGAUUGGAAGUCUGUACACGGUUCACCACUUAUGGGCUUACAAAGACCUUCAGUCCAGAGAAAACAUCAGAAAUGCAGCCUGGCAGCGUGAUGGCUGGGACGAGGUCGUCUAUUACACAGUCCCUCUCAUUCAGCACAUGGAAUCUAGAAUAAUGAUUCCCAUGAAGACUUCACCCCUGAAGUAACCACUAGUACCGGGGGAACCUCUCAUCAGCCACUGCAACUAUCACACUGAUCUGUAGAGCUGUAGAGAGCGUAACCAACCAUCAGAGUGUGCACUGCCAGGGAUAUCUGAGUUUCAUCAACAUGUUUCACUUUCUGUUUUUCUUUUUUGUUCCUUUACUCUGGUUUUCUGUGUGGGCCUAGAACGUUUUAUUUCAGGUGAUUAUCAUCAAACUGUAUAUCUGUUACCGUGGUUACUGUGUUACUGAUCCAUUAAUGCACAGUGUAUAGACAAAUUUAAUUUGUUAUGCUCCUCCUCUUCACAGUCUGUCAUUUAUAGGGUCCGGAUUUAAAUGUUUUUUUUUUAUUUUUUAUGAUGAGAUAAAAACUGCUUUCAUCUCUGUUUGAGUUUUGAGAUACGAGGAGAUGUGAAUCAAACAUUUAGCAGUUCUAGUGCUGGUCACGGGCUGAAAACGUCUUUUCAUAAAAAAUGUGUUCCAGUAGAAACAUGACACAUGAGCCCUGUUGCACUAGCAUUAACAAAUCCAACAAGGGUUAACUGCCUCCAGUAUCUCACAACAAAAAGUGUCAAAGCGCACAGUUCACCAUCAAUGCGCAGUGGAAAGCUUCUUUAAAUGUUAAACGUUACAGAUGAUGGUCAAUUUUACAAAGAGAAACAUGCUGUUUACAAAUCAGUGUUGACAGUGAGCUCGUAGUCAGAUCAGGUAUACACUUAACAGAAAAUGUGACUUGGUGUUUACAUAGCUUUGAUUUAGCCAACUGAUUAUGGUGUGUACCAGUGAUCUGUUUGGACGGAUGAAAGGAUUCAUAACGACACAGUUAUGAAGAAAAAUGUCCAAAGUGUCCAGCUCUUGGGGUGACGUCGUGCUGAAUCCCCUGAAGGAGUCAUUCAGCCUGUUUGUGUCUUUGCUGUCAAACUGACCACAUCUCUUUACUAACUUUAACAUGGUGUCUCUUCUAAUUGUGGGAGGGGGAAAAGAUGACUCAAAUACUCUGACACCCCACUAAUCAGAAUGUACAGACUGCUGUACUCUGACUGUUUCGACCUAUUCUUGUAUCAAGCAAACGAAUGCCAACCGGGUGAUCGUGUGUUCUAGCUGAGAUUAAAACUUUUUCGAAUGAUCAGAUUGUAGAUAUACAUAGUGGGCUUAUUGACCAAGCCAGAGAUAUGGUCAGUCCCUGUUCUGGACUUUAUUAUGUCGGUAAACAGUAGACAGGAGAUGAGUAAUAUCUCAAUGUGGUAAAUGCAAAUUGCAGUGCUUUAAUAAGACUAGUUGUACAUAUUGAAUUAAAGUUAUGAUGGAAAUAGAAAAAAA